AUGGGGAGCUCCGCCAGCUGCCUCUGGAGCGGCUCCAAGUCGGGGCCAGGUCCAAAUGGUCCAGCGGCCGCGGCUGCGUCUCCUCGUUCUGGCCAUGUAUUAUCAAGAUCCGGACGAAAUAUACAAGUCUUCUCCCUAAAAGAGUUGAAAUCUGCCACACGGAAUUUUCACAUGACGAACUGCAUUGGCCGUGGGGGUUUUGGACCGGUUUAUAAGGGAGACCUGAGAGAUGGCACCCAAGUUGCAAUUAAAAGGCUUUCAGCUGAAUCAAAGCAAGGAACUAAUGAGUUCUUGACAGAGAUCGAUGUCAUAUCAAAUGUCAGGCACCCCAACCUUGUAAAGCUCAUUGGUUGCUGUGUCGAAGGGAAUAACAGAUUAUUGGUGUAUGAAUAUGCGGAGAACAACAGUUUGUCAAAUGCUUUGCUUGGACCAAAGAGUAGAUGUAUCCCUUUGAACUGGCAAACAAGAGCUGCCAUUUGUACUGGAACUGCUUCUGGUCUUGCAUUUCUUCACGAGGAAGCACAACCACGCAUAGUCCACCGUGAUAUCAAGGCUAGCAACAUCUUACUUGAUAAGACGCUGGCUCCUAAAAUUGGAGAUUUUGGACUGGCCAAGCUUUUCCCUGAUGCCAUCACUCACAUUAGCACGCGUGUUGCGGGAACCAUGGGUUACUUGGCUCCAGAGUAUGCACUAUUGGGACAGUUAACCAAGAAAGCAGACAUAUAUAGUUUCGGGGUGCUGCUUCUUGAAGUUAUAAGUGGUGAAAGCAGCAGCAAAUCGACUUGGGGGGAAGAUAUGCAUGUCCUUGUGGAAUGGACAUGGAAGCUGCGAGAAGAAGAGAGACUUUUGGAAAUUGUAGAUCCAGACGUGGAAGAAUACCCAGAGGAGCAAGUACUUCGUUUCAUCAAGGUGGCACUUCUGUGUACCCAAGCAACAGCACAGCAGAGGCCAUCCAUGAAGCAGGUGGUCCAUAUGCUAGCUAAUGAAACAGAAAUCGAUCUUCAAAACGCCGUCCCACCGGGUGUGCUGAAAGAACCCCGUCGUAAAAUGGGUAGUUUGGGGGAUUUGGCUCUGGACACGUCCUCGAGUCAGAGCACCAGAGCCAACGUGGCUGGCUCCUGCACCACACAGACCAGAGACAUGAACAGCUGUAAUUUUAGCACAACGGAGGUUUUACCUAGGUGA